AGUUGGAGAUAAACGCUCGCCGCGAGAGGGCGACAUCGGUUCGGGCGGCGCGUCGGCACUCCGGAACAACGGAACGCCAUUUUUCCGGGACAAUUUGGGUAUGAGCGCGUGUGUGUGCGUUUGAGUUGUGAAUCGAAGCAGCCGGGGGUGCGUUUAGUAGCGGUAGUUGGGGAUGCUGCGGGAGUGAGAGAGAGGAAGAAGAAGAAGAGGAAGCAACUGUCAAAAAAAGUGAAUGUGAUUUUUCGCUCGCGUUGACGUUUGACGCGAUUUCGGGCUUUUUGGACGGCGAAUUUCGCGAUGGAAUCGCUGCUGAAGGUCGUCGGAUUUUGACGCUGGACGGGUCGCGGACGUUUUGCGUGGAACCGGAAGUGAGCGAGGUUAGAAAUGUCACGAGUGUGUUGUGAAAGUUGUGAUUGAUGCUUUGGGCGUAGAGAAUAGGAAGAAGAACGAACGAAGGCGAGGGGAGGGGAGGAGUGCAUCAUCAUCCAAGUGGGCGCCUAUUUUCGGGAUCGGGUAGUUUGUGGGAGUGAGUAGUGUGUUGUGUUAGUGCGUGGGAGGGGCAGGCAGAAGGAAGAGGAAGUUGCAGCUUCCUUUUGUUAUCGUGUUUGUGAAGCUUUCGCGCGGGGGGAGUUGCGUUGCAAGUCGACAACAAACCAUGGGCAAGCGGUUCGGUUUUGUGACGGCGCUGACGCUGUCACUGGCCUGCUGGUUCCUGGUGCUUCCGGAACCGAGCGCGGCACUGCCGGACACCAUCCGGAUCGGUGGCCUCUUUCAUCCGGACGAUGACCACCAGGAGAUCGCGUUCCGGUACGCGGUCGAGAAGAUCAACCUGGACCGGACGAUUCUGCCGCGGUCGAAGCUGCUGGCGCAGAUCGAGAAGAUUUCGCCGCAGGACAGCUUCCUGGCGUCCAAGAGGGUUUGUCACCUGCUACGAAUUGGGGUGGCGGCCAUCUUUGGACCACAAUCGCCACACACUGCCAGCCACGUGCAGAGCAUCUGCGAUACGAUGGAGAUUCCUCACCUGGAAACGCGCUGGGAUUAUCGGCUCCGGCGCGAAAGCUGUCUGGUGAAUUUAUAUCCACACCCGAGCACCCUGUCGAAGGCCUACGUCGACCUGGUGGCCGCCUGGGGCUGGAAGUCGUUCACCAUCAUCUACGAGACGAACGAGGGCCUGGUGCGGAUGCAGGAACUGCUGAAGGCGCACGGCCUGUCCGAGUAUCCGAUCACGGUCCGACAGCUCAGCGAUUCCGGCGAUUAUCGCCCCCUGCUGAAGCAGAUCAAAAAUUCAGCUGAGUCGCACAUCGUACUGGACUGCUCCAUCGAGAAGAUCUACGAGGUGCUGAAGCAGGCCCAGCAGAUCGGCAUGAUGAGUGACUAUCACAGCUACCUGAUCACGUCGCUGGACCUCCACACCAUCAGCCUGGACGAGUUCAAGUACGGCGGGACGAACAUCACCGCCUUCCGGCUGGUCGAUCCGGAAAACCCGGAAGUGGCCUCCGCCAUCCACAACUGGACGCUGGGGGAGGCGCGGGCCGGCCGGCGGAUCGAUUUCAAAACAACGGAGAACGUGACCGUUAUCAAGGCGGAAACCGCACUCAUGUACGACGCCGUCCACCUGUUUGCCAAGGCCUUGCACGAUCUGGACACGAGCCAGCAGAUUGACAUCCACCCGCUCAGCUGCGACGCCGCGGACACGUGGCCCCACGGAUACAGCCUGAUCAACUACAUGAAAAUUGUCGAAAUGCGCGGCCUCACCGACGUCAUCAAGUUCGACCACCAGGGCUUCCGCAGUGACUUUGUGCUGGACAUCGUGGAGCUGGGGCCGGGAGGCCUCCGCAAGAGUGGCACCUGGAACUCCACGUCGGGGGUCAACUUCACCCGGACGUACGGCGAGCAGCAGAAGGAAAUCGUCGAAAUUUUGCAGAACAAAACGCUGAUCGUGACGACGAUCCUGAGCUCGCCGUACUGCAUGCGGAAGGACUCGGCCGAGAAGCUGACCGGCAAUACGCAGUUUGAGGGCUAUGCGAUCGAUUUGAUUCAUGAAAUUUCGAAAAUACUCGGUUUUAACUACACGAUCCGGCUGGCGCCGGACGGCCGGUACGGCAGCAACAACAAGGAAACGGGUGAAUGGGACGGCAUGAUCAAGGAGCUGCUGGAGCAGCGGGCGGACCUCGCCAUCGCCGACCUCACCAUCACCUUCGACCGCGAGCAGGUGGUGGACUUUACGAUGCCAUUCAUGAAUCUGGGCAUUUCCGUGCUGUACCGGAAGCCGGUCAAGCAGCCGCCCAAUCUGUUCUCCUUCCUCUCCCCGCUCUCGCUCGACGUGUGGAUCUACAUGGCGACGGCCUAUCUCGGCGUUUCCGUGCUGCUGUUCAUCCUGGCGCGGUUCACGCCGUACGAGUGGCCCGUGCCGAACCCGUGCGAUCCCCACCCGGAGAAGCUGCAGACGCAGUUCACACUGAUGAACUGCCUGUGGUUCGCGAUCGGGUCGCUGAUGCAGCAGGGCUGUGACUUUCUGCCCAAGGCCGUCUCGACGCGGAUGGUCGCCGGCAUGUGGUGGUUCUUCACGUUGAUCAUGAUCAGCUCGUACACUGCCAACCUGGCUGCGUUCUUGACCGUCGAGCGGAUGGACUCGCCCAUCGAGAGUGCCGAAGAUCUGGCCAAGCAGACCAAGAUCAAGUACGGGGCGCUGCGUGGUGGCAGCACGGCUGCGUUCUUUAGGGACUCCAACUUUUCCACCUACCAGCGGAUGUGGUCCUUCAUGGAGGCGAGCCGGCCGUCCGUCUUCACCGCCAGCAACAUCGAGGGCGUCGAGCGGGUCGUCAAGGGCAAGGGCAGCUACGCGUUCCUGAUGGAGUCGACCUCGAUCGAGUACGUGAUCGAGCGGAACUGCGAGCUAACGCAGGUCGGCGGCAUGCUCGACUCGAAGGGCUACGGGAUCGCGAUGCCACCGAAUUCACCCUUCCGCACCGCCAUCAGUGGCGCCGUCCUGAAGCUGCAGGAGGAGGGCAAGCUGCACAUUCUGAAAACGCGCUGGUGGAAGGAGAAACGCGGCGGGGGAUCCUGUAGGGACGACACCUCCAAGUCCAGCUCGACGGCCAACGAGCUGGGGCUGGCCAACGUGGGCGGAGUCUUCGUCGUGCUGAUGGGCGGAAUGGGCGUGGCCUGCGUCAUCGCCGUGUGCGAGUUCGUCUGGAAGUCCCGGAAAGUGGCCGUCGAAGAGCGGGUCUCGCUCUGCUCGGAAAUGGCCUCCGAGCUGCGGUUCGCGCUGAAGCGUAACCGGUCCAAGAGCUCGGACCACAACACGACCGCCACCACGCUCCGAACGACGGCCAGCUCGCGCGCCUCCCCGAAGGACUCGGAACCGUCGUCCGAGCAUCGGUUCCACCCGCUCGGUCCGCCCUACGCCCAGUACGAGUUCGACCCGAAGGCGGUCGGCCAGUAGGUGUGGAUGUUUUCGGCGAUCCUCUCCGACGCUCCGGGCUCCGUCGUUCCCAUGACAACGAUCAUAACGACGGCCGAGGUGUACGUGGAGUAGUGCUGUCAGUGUUGACAGCGCCGAGCUGUCAGUUGUGUUGCAGAAGAGAAGGAGGAGAUCGCAACGAAAACCAAUCCCGUGUUUGUGUCAAGUGUCCACUUUCAAAACCAUUUUUGCGCGUAUUUUCGUCACGU